AUGAGCCGGCCGAGCGACUCCGGACGUCGUUUUGACGUGAGUUUGGUGAUGCGAUCGACAGCCUUCGGAUGUGAGGAUGCUUCAGAGCCUGCUGUGACUCGGGGGGCCUGUGGCAGAUCGUGGGCUCUGGGGGGGGGGAGGGAGUGUAAGCUGGCCGACGUGCGGCCCGCAGCCAUGCUGUCCGGGGCGCAGCCCUGCUUCCAGCUGCUCCGCAUCGGGCCGUCCACGGGCGACUCGGCCAGGGACCUGUACACCUUCCGGCCGGCGCUCAGCCGCUCCGUCUUCCGGCUGGGCCGCGCCGCCGAGCUGUGCGACGUCACGCUGGACUCCGCCUCGGUGUCCCGCAUCCACGCCGAGCUGCACGCCGAGCGGGAGGGGGCCGGCGACGGAGAGGAGGAGGAGGAGGAGGUGGACGAGGAAGAGGAGGGCUGGAGGGUCCACGUUAGAGACAGGAGCAGUCACGGCACCUGGGUCAACGAAGUGCGCCUCCAGCCGGGCAUCCAGUGGGAGCUGUCGGACGGCGACACGCUGACCUUCGGGGGCCAGGCGCCCCCGGAGAACCCCGAGUUCUACUUCCUCUUCCAGAAGGUCAAAGUUCGGCCGCUGGACUUCGACGCCAUCACCAUCCCAAAGGGGGGCACCUUCUCCUCUGACCUGCAAAACCGGAUCAGAACCAGCCUGGACCGGAAGGUGGCGCCCAACCUGGACAUGUCCAAGCUGUCCAUCAACCGGGCCACCGUCAUCCUCAACUCCAUCGGCAGCCUGAGCAAGAUGAAGGGCAGCGCCUGGACCUUCAAGAGGAGCCACAGCCAGGAGGGCGCCGUCUCCGACCCGGGGACCUCCUCCUCGCCGCCCCCGGCCCUGGGCUUCUCCGGCCUGGCCCCGGCCUCCGCUUCGCCGGCCUUUUCCCCCGCAGCGCCGGCGCCGGUGGCGGCGGCCUCCGCGAAGCCGGCGCCGGCCGUCUCCAGGAGCCGGAGGAAGUCGGCGCACACGGUGCUGCUUGAGGACGACAGCUCGGACGAGCCCAGAGGCCGGAGAGCUGUGGCCGGAGCCGCCGAGGACGGGCCCAGGCCCCGGCCCAGGAAGAGGCGGAGGCUCUACAGGUCGGAGCCGGAGGGCCCGGGCUCGCCGCCCCCUCCCCCGCUGCAGCCCAAGGCCCACGCCGACGUCCGGAGGCCCCUGGCCGCCAAGCCCUUCCCGGCGGGCAUCAGGACCAUCGGCAGCUUCCACGGCGCCAUGACCAACAGCCGGCUGAGCCCCCAGCUGCUGCCGGGCCCCUUCACCGCCGUGGCGCCCCACAGGCCCGAGGCGCCGCCGCCCCCCCGCCGCCUCAAGGCCGUCGUGCACGGCAACAUCGCCGCCUUCCGCCAGCAGAGGGCGGCGGGCGGCUCCCCGGCGGCGCCCAGGGGCCGGCGGCGGGCCAACAGCUCGCCGGUCUUCUCCCCCCUGGUGGUGGGCGGGGAGAGCUACAGCCUGGCCUCGCCCUCGGUCCGGAUCCGGGCGGAGGAGCGGGGCGGGGUCCCGUUCGGCCGCUUCCACCUGCCGCCCAGCAAACGGCGCGGCCGGCCCAGGAAGCACCCCCUCCCCCCGCGGCCCUCCCUGCCCUCUCCGUCCUCGUCCUCCUCCUCCUCCACCUCUUCGGCCUCCUCCGGCUCCUCCUCCGGCUCUUCCUCGGGGUCCUCCUCUGACGACGAAGACGACGAGGAAGAGGAGGCGGCGGCGGGGGGGGCGGCGGUGGAGCCCUGCGCGGCGCCGCGCUGCCGGCUGCCCCAGCAGGACACGGUCCAGUGGAUCCAGUGCGACGUGUGCGACGCCUGGUACCACAUAGACUGCCUGCACGUGGACCGCAAGAAGCUGCUGAAGGACCCCAACGCCGACUUCCACUGCGGCUGCCGCUGA